GCCGCUUCCUGCUGAAGUCAGAGCCUGGGUCUGGUUUCCCUAUUAGUGAUACGGUGUCAUCUGUGGAUAUGGACCGCUUCUCGUGGUGCACCGGGCUGCUGGAGAUGGAGGAGACACUGGUGAUCCAGCAGCGAGGGGUGCGCCUGUCAGAUGGGGAGGAUAAGUGCAAGUUUGACAUGGGCGCCCUACUUCUGACAACACACAGACUUAUAUGGAGAGACCAGAAGAAUCAUGAUUUCUGCAUUGCAAGUCCCCUUUCCCAAGUUGUGUUCACAGAAGAGCAGGCUGGAGGCAUUGGGAAAAGUGCCAAAAUUGUUGUACAUCUUCAUCCACCUUCUCCAAACAAAGAACCUGGACCGUACCAAACUAGCCGCUACUCCUACAUCAAGCUUUCGUUUAGAGAACAUGGUCAAAUUGAGUUCAAUAGACGACUUUCAGAGGAGCUAACACACAGACGAUGGGAACGGACAUCACCCUCGCCCUCUAUUCAGAUGAACAAAGGUCCACAGGCUGGAAGAAUAAAAGCGGUUGGGAUUGUUGGCAUUGAGAGAAAGCUGGAAGAGAAAAGAAAGGAGACUGACAAAAACAUUUCCGAGGCCUUUGUGGAUCUGAGCAAGCUGAUGGAAAAGGCCAAGGAAAUGGUGGAACUGUCCAAAUCGAUAGCUAACAAAAUCAAAGACAAACAAGGAGACAUCACAGAAGAUGAGACAAUUCGGUUUAAGUCCUACCUCUUAAGCAUGGGCAUUGUCAAUCCAGUGACCCGUGAAACUCAUGGAUCUGGAACUCAUUACCACAUGCAACUGGCGAAGCAGCUGGCCACAAUGUUACUGAACCCAUUGGAGGAACGAGGGGGUAUAAUGUCUCUUACAGAAGUAUACUGUCUAGUUAACAGAGCCAGGGGCAUGGAGUUGCUGUCUCCGGAGGAUCUAGUGAAUGCCUGCAGAAUGUUUGAGUCUCUGAAGCUUCCUGUGCGGCUGCGUAUUUUUGAUAGCGGCGUCAUGGUCAUUGAACAUCAGUCUCACAAUGAAGAGGAAAUGGUUGCUGCUGCUUUGGAAACGGUAUCUGAAAAGGGAUCAUUAACCUCGGAGGAAUUUGCCAAAAUUGUGGGAAUGUCUGUGCUGUUGGCAAAAGAAAGACUACUGCUUGCAGAGAACAUGGGACACCUCUGCCGGGAUGACUCUGUGGAAGGCUUACGCUUUUACCCAAACCUGUUUCUGACGCAAACCUAAAACCCUUUGUGGAUAUAGGAAACGUUGGAGGACAUGUCAUACAGUGUCGUUUGCUGUGGAGCUUACAGGGUGUAUUGUCUGUGGAUGAUCAUGUAAAGGAUAUAUAAAGAAAAUAAUAACUUGUAUGAGGAAACUGAGAGUAAA